AUGGGAAAACGACAAUAUAACGAGCGUACAAAUUGUAAACGACGAUUCCAAAGCGCACCGAUUUCGGAGCUUUGGAACCAAAAUUUACAUAAUUUCCCAAACCUCCAUUUACGUUUAUUGUUUAAUAGCAAUACGUAUCCGGCUUUAAAGGAUUGCCAUGCACAAAUUCGGGAUUUGUGCAUUAACUAUUUAAAGCUCCUUUGUACUUAUAUAAAAAGAACCGCGCGGUUCAAUUUUGCGCUAAAUGCGCUUUUAAAUAACGGUUUAACGUUUGUAACGCGCAAAUUGUUCGGCCAAUAUGCUUUAAUAAGCUUUUUAAAAAGUUUCGGUAUCGUUUUAAGCAAUUGGGUUAACGGCAUAAUUUUAAUAUGUUUAACAACCAAAAUAACGGUUAUAAAAUACCGCACGCUCCGUAUAAUUAUUUUUAAAAAAAAGCAAAUAAAUAAAGUUUUAAUUAUUGCUUUAUUAAAAAUUAAUAACUUCCCGCAACGAAAGCGCGUUGCAAAUAUUUAUAUAAAGCGAAAAAAAAGUAAUGUUCGUUUCGGGGGCAAAUUUAUUGGAAUUAAAAGCGUUGCGGCGGCGUUUAUUGCGCGUUUUACGCUUUUUUUCGGCGGAGGUUUUUUUGCCGCGGCAGUUAAAGCCCGCCGGGGGGUUACCGGCAAAACGUUUGCGGGAAUUUUAAAAAGCUGCAAGCGCAAAAAAGCCCGAUAA